UUGCGUUCAUAUUGUUUUAUAAACUCUUUAUCUUAUCGAAUUAUCUCUUACCAACUAUCAUUCUUCUCUCAAAUGGGUUGCUUGAUUUCUCCUGUAAUGAAACUCCGUCGUCUAUCCUCGGCUGAUUCGCGGCGGUUUGCAUACCGGAAUCUGACCGAUGAUAUGGAAGAUUCGGUCAUAAAGGUGGUGGUAGGGAAGGAGAAGAAGGCGUUCAUGGUCGAACCGUACGUACUUGAAGAGACACCGUUUAGAGUCUUGAUUGGUUCGGUUAAGGAUCGUACCAAGAACCGGUUAAAUCGGACUGGGAGAGUGGUGUGGCUUGAUCAUGUCGACUCGAUCUUGUUCGAGCACUUGCUGUGGCUUCUUCAAAACGAUGCCUCUACAUUCUCGGAUAUGGAUGUCGUCGAGAUCAUUGAUUUCUAUGCUCAAGAUUGCUAGAGAAAUAAAAUCUUGAUCCACAUCACAUGGAGUUACAUGUAUUUAGUGAAAAUAUGAACCCUUUCUCUUUUAACGAAAAUAUAAAGUUAUGAACCAUUUACAAAACUUUUAACACGUGUAUUUGUGAUGCGUAAGAUGUCUCUAUACUUAUAUAC